AUGGGCUAUAUUUUCACAGGAUAUUCUAGCCGGCAUGAUAAGAGAAAAAAGCAUGUGCUUCCUUUGCAUCAGUAUGCAUUGUCUUCAAUAAACUUGCAGCAUCAUGUGCAUCUCUUCGAUACCGCGAUCUUAUCCAAGAGACCAAUAUUGGAGGAAGACAGGCCUACCAGGUUUCAGACCAAGAAACCUCGGCAUCGCAAGAAGCUAACUUUGCAAGAUUUGCCUAUAGAAAUUAUUCAACACAUUUUCAUUUUUACAAAGGGUGAACCGUCAAUGGUCGCCUUGAACAAGUUCUUUUAUAGUUGCUUGAGGCCAUCUUUUUCAUUGCUGUCCAGGAUCAUGUGGGAAAAAUAUCUUUUCGAUCCCCUAGAAUUUGACGUAGAUAAUAUAAAAGCUAAUGCAGGAAAUAUCGUGAUCCCCACGCUAUUCGAACAUGAAACUUUUUUCAAAUUACUAUUAGAUCAUCACAUUGUCCUCUUAAAAAGUAUUUCUCACUUUCUUCCUAGAAAACACUAUCAAGAUAUGCAAAAUGGUGAUUUUGAUACAUCUAAAGAGCUAGACUUGUGUUCAAUAAACACUGAAGAUACCAAGAAGGAAGACUUCCCCAAAAACUUUUACAACAAUAUGUAUAUUUUUUUAACACAUAGAGAAUGUGUGAAAGCCAUGGGUAAUCAUUUUACCUUAAAGAAUCCAUAUGAUGUGAUAUCCCCUUUUAUAGAAUGGUUUUUUCAAGGUAUUGAAAUACAAGAAGCUACCGUGAGCUCUAAGUUUACCAUAAUAUCUCUAUUUGAAUCAAUAGAUUUGAUUUUACGCGUUUCCGGAUCUGCAGCACGAAAACUAGGCUCCGUUGAACCUCUUACGACUAUGAUAUUUUUAUUAUAUUUCACUUAUGCCGAUGCACUAGAGACUCUGAAUUUCGAGUUUUUUUUGCAGAAUAGAUCAAGAUUACAGCUCAUAAAGAAAUUUAUCCUGAAAUAUUAUUACAAUCCAUCAUUGGCAGAAAACGAAGUUUUAUCUGAUACCACUAUAUGGGACUUGUUAAGGCGGGUUUCUGACUUGAAACUCAUAGACUUAGUCGUUAAGUGCGGUGGAAGGCCCCAAUACGGUGUUAUGUUUGCAUAG